AUGGCAGACGACGGAGUCUAUGUCUACUUUCAAGCCACCACCCCACUGGGCAUGCGGAAUCCCAAGGAAUUUGCCAAGCUGCGCCCUUGGGAGACAUAUGUCUUUGACACCAACACGAGGGCGGUUGCCGCCAUCUUCGGAUGGGAAGCCCCAGGGUUCGAUCUUGAUGCUGCGGCGGCCAUCUUCGAUGAGAACAAACAAUGCCUAGAUUUUGUGUGGUGGGAUAAUCCUAACAACGAGUCCUCUUCAAUUGCAUUUCUUACUAAAGAUAACACUGCGGCAUCCAGCCACCCAGGUGACAAGGAGGCCCUCAAGAUCGACUUUCAGCGCGUCCCUGCCAACGUCACGCACAUCCUGCUGGUGGCCAACGUGUACAGCAAGGACGCCAGUAUGGACGACGUCAGGUCAGUGAGCCUCCGGGUUUCCGACGGACCCAAAGACCUCUUCACCUACGCUGUGACCACAGGCCUUGAGGGUACCAGCAUGCUCAUGGGCACCAUGCUGCGCAACGGCCCCUACUGGAGCUUUGUUUCCAUGAAACAGCCCGUGCUGGCCCGCACGGUUACUGAGGUGAUGUACGACGGUUCCAACUUGCGAGGCAUCAACGCCCUGGACGGCACGCCUCUGCGCCGCCUGCGGCUCGGCCUGGCAGUCAGGACGGCGCGCAACAUAACCAGCAUGGACAACGAGCUGUUCGGGUCAAGGAAGAGUUGCAAUCCUGUCAUGGUCGUCUCUCACGCCGGACAGAGGCACGAGUCGGAUGUGGUAACCAAUUCUUAUUUUCCCGUGUUCGCCAUGGAGCCUAUCGACCUGGGAGAGGCGAAGCCAACCGACUCGAGCGUGAUCGAGGUCCAGUGCUACCACAGGGAGGAGGGCUGCGAGGAUGAGUGGCUGGGAGUGGUCAAGGUGUGCGUUGGGGGGCUGACUGCCAAGGGCCCUGGGAGCCACGCGGUUUGGCUGCCGUUGAGCGGCACAAAGGAGAAGAAGGCCAGCGGCAAGGUGUUUACGGGGACUGUGCAGCUUGAGGUCAAUCUGACGGACCUCUGA